GGCUUGAAAAAAUAAAAAUAAAACCCUGCCUGGGUAGGCGAGAUAAGUCUGGUCUGGGUUGGUUUGCCUGGCUGCUUAUAAAAAGGGCCACGGGAAUCCUCUCGUAGCGCACCAACGCAGGUUAUUCCCGCUCGAUUGCCCUUUUACUACUUAAUAUAUAUACCUAUACCUAUACCUAAUGUAUGUGCGUAAGACGUACAUUAGAGAAGAGACACAGCUCGGCUAGCAAACUGCAUCUACCUAAUUUAUUUUCUUCUUGUUCCCGGGACCGUAAGAGUUACAGGGAUUUUAGCAUUGGUAAAUUAUUAUUACCUAGGUGCUCGUGCUACAAGAGAAACAGAGAGAGAAGAAGAGAGAAGAGAAGAGAGGGCCGCGCGGCGAUAAAACCAAUAAACGGCCCGUUCGUCUGAUAAGUCGAUCUGCUUAUAUACCUAAAACCCACCCGCAGCCGCCGCAAUGGAUGCCGUGCGUCAUGGACUCGACCGUGGUAGCUCUGUUCUCCGGGUCCCAGAACCAGAGCUAGAGCUUACAUACAGCCACACGGUCCCCUCUUCCGACCACAGAUGGAUCCGUGCUGUCCACGACAUAUCACCACCGCUUGGGACGAGCCAUCAUCAUCGGGGACCAAGGGUGGUAGAACUCGCGCAAAAGUGGUGCGACCAUCGGGAUCGAGGGUGUCCGCACGACUGCGAUUCGACAAAAAGCCUAUGUGAUAGAUGCGAGAGAAACGAGUGUAGUGCAUUUCACAGUUAAGAUACUACCUAGUUAAGGCUUUUGUUUAUACAUGUAUAUUCGGCAUGGAAACGGAGGAAACAACAGAUCUAGAGCGGGAGUUCUUAAUGGUUUGGUUGGAUGGGCAUCUAUAAGAGGUACCUGUAUUAACUCUUCUCAACAGGUAUUUAUUCAUGCUGAGGGAAUAAUAUGUAUGUGUAAAGGAAGCAGUGGCUUGGAGUGCGC